GCCCCGCGGUGGACCGUCAUCACGUGUCGACAUCCACUUUCUGGUUCCCGCUUCUAGGAAAGACACAUCAGCUGCCGCCACAUGACGGCUACAAGAAGAAGCUUGUCUGCCAAGACGAUUGGAAAUCCCUCGAAUGUCCCGAUGAAAGAGUCAUCCGCAUACGGUCGGCUUUCCAUGGACGGGAGCGUGGCGACGUCUGUCCGAGUGGCGGCGGAUCACGCGAUGACUGCAGGGUGGAAGGGGCUCUCCGUCACUUCAGAGGAUUGUGUGACAACUAUCAGAUUUGCCCCAUUUACCCCAUUUCCCUUACGGUUACGGGCUCCUGCCCUGGUGUCUCCAAAUACCUCCGCGUCGUCUACAGCUGUGAGAAGAAAGUGUGUCUUGAUAGUCUGGGCAUCGCUGACGGGAGAAUCCCAGACUCCUCUUUUUCCGCCUCUUCCUCUGCGAUCAAUGCCAAACCUCACAAAGCGCGUCGGGGGGGCAGCGGUUGCUGGAGACCCUCCGAAAUGUUCGGCAGCUGGAUCCAGGUGAACCUCGGUCAGAACUUCAAGGUGACAGGCAUUGAGACCCAGAGCUGUACAUACCGAUUGCAAAGUUCCAGCGUAUUUGCGAUGCAGUUCAGUAUUGACGGAAUGACUUGGUAUGACCACCCAAAGCAGCCUUCUGUGGGGACGUAUAUUCUAACCAGGCCCGUGUUCGCCCAGUACGUCCGCCUCCUGCCAAAGUUUUUGGGCCUACGCUUUGACGUCUUAGGGUGCACGUCUGACGACACCCCUCGCAACAUCUUAUGCAGCAGCACAGCCGCCAACCUCGGCCUCAACGGUUCAAUGACGGUGCGGUGCCCACUGGGCUGCGCCCAAGCCGGCUACAAGGUCUACGGAACACGGCUCUACGACCAAGACUCAAACAUCUGCGCGGCCGCUAUUCACUCGGGCAUCAUUGAGAUUGGAGGAGAUGUGACUUUGCUGAAGACACUGCCACAGAAAGCCUACAACGGCUCCACCUGUAACGGAAUCACCUCAAAAGUAUAUGUUAACAAAUUGGCUCCGUCUCCGUCUUACACUUUUGCUGACACGGAGCCGAGAUGCUUGGGACCUGACUGGGAGGAGUUUGCGGACUUCUGCUACAAACGUUUUGAUGAUACAAAGAAGUGGUACGACGCUCAACACUUCUGCAGGAGUCUCGAUGCAGAGCUGGUCUUGGUGCGUGCGCGCUAA